AUUCCCCUGUAAUCUUCGCCCGGGAACGUUGUUGCCGUCGCCUCCGCCGUAACCGAACACGACGACGACUACGACUGUCAAGGCUAUAAUAGCACACAUAUUAUCAGCACGUACCUAACGCAUAACGCACACGCGAACGCUCCGGACUCGAAGCGAGAGAGCGCUACUUCUCUAGGCGAUGCCUUUCAAACCAGGGACCUCCCCCCGCUAACCAACGAACAACGAAGAAGACGAAGGAAAAAGAGAGAAACACCAGAAACCAUGCCCGACACUCCACGAUCGCCCGCCGGGGCCGGCAGCAAGUCGAGGGUCAUCCGCUCCCAAAAGAUCACCUCCCCGACGGCCGAUGGCGCCGCAGAGCAGCGCAGCGAGGCCGCAGAGCCACGGGCGCCGACCGCCCCCAUCCGGAGCCACACGCCGGGACACCUAGCGUCGAAGAGCCAGGGCGCCUCGUCGUCGAGCCGCCGUAAGAACUCGGAACCGUCGAUCCGCACGCGGUCGCAGUCGGCCGCCGCCAAGUCAGGCAGCGCCUACUCGUCCUCCGCGAGCGGCCCCCAACACUCGUCCACGCCGCCGCCGCCCGCGCCGCCCAACCCGAUCCCCAUCCCGACUCUGACCCUGCGGCGCCACGGCGACCCCAACGGCAGCUACAGCAACCAUACCAAUAAUGGCGGGGGCACGGGCGCCGCGUACGAUCCGCCGGCCGGAUCCACGACCUCGAUCUCGACGGCAGCCUCGGCCGACGCGGGGGCCGAGGGCCGGCGGGCGGCGGGCACGAUACGCUCAGCAUCGGCGAUCGCGGGGCGGACGACGACGAUGACAGCGACGGCGGGAGGGAGCUCGUUGCGGCACAGCAAGGCGGCAGGGGGCGCCUCGUCGUCGUCGGCGGCGACGACGGGGAGUUCGUCGCGGGCGCGGGGCCCACACGUGCCGUUCCCGGCGCUGCAGGACCCGCGGACGGCGGCGGACGUGCCGGCAGCGCCGUCAUCGGGGAUGUACUGGUCGCGGGCGGCGACGUCCGGGGCUGCGCACACGCCGCUGCGCGCGCACACGACAACGCUGGUGGGCGGCAACGUGUUCGUGUUCGGGGGCUGCGACGCGCGCGCGUGCUUCAACGAGCUGUACGUGCUCGACGCCGACGCCUUCCACUGGAGCUGCCCGGCCGUGCGCGGCGACGCGCCGGCGCCGCUGCGCGCCAUGACCUGCACGGCCGUCGGCAAGAAGCUCGUCGUCUUCGGCGGUGGCGACGGCCCCGCCUACUACAACGACGUCUACGUCCUCGACACCGUCAACUACCGCUGGCACCGGCCGCGGAUCGUCGCGCCGCCGUCGGGGACCGGGCCGGGCGGCGGCAGCGGAGGAGGAGGAGGAGGAGCAGCAGGCGGAGGGGGACGAGGAGGAGCAGCACAAGCAGCAGCAGCGAGUGCUGGCCCAGUGCCCGUCCCGAGCCCCCGGCGCGCCCACACGGCGUGCCUCUACAAGAACGGCAUUUACGUGUUCGGCGGGGGCGACGGGGUCCGCGCGCUCAACGACAUCUGGCGGCUCGACGUGACGGACGUGCACAAGAUGAGCUGGAAGCUGGUGUCGGGGCCGUCGGCGGGGGGCGCAGACGGGGCGGCGGCGAAGGACGGGAGCCGGCCGAAGGCGCGGGGGUACCACACGGCGAACAUGGUGGGCAGCAAGCUGAUCAUCUACGGGGGCUCGGACGGGGGCGAGUGCUUCAACGACGUGUGGGUGUACGACGUGGAGGGCCACCACGGGUGGCGGGCGGUGCCGAUCCCGGUGACAUUCCGGCGGCUGUCGCACACGUCGACGCUGGUGGGGUCGUACCUGUUCGUGAUCGGGGGCCACGACGGGAACGAGUACUCGAACGACGUGCUGCUGCUCAACCUGGUGACCAUGACGUGGGACCGGCGCCGGGUCUACGGGCUGCCGCCGAGCGGCCGCGGCUACCACGGCGCCGUGCUGCACGACAGCCGCGUCGUCGUCGUCGGCGGCUUCGACGGCGGCGAGGUCUUCGGCGACGUCUGGAUCCUCGAGCUCGCCGUCCACGCCUACUACUCCCAGAUCAGCCACUUCAGCAUCGAGGUCUAGGCGCCGACCCCCGGCGCGACCCCCCCCCCCGCUCGUCCGACGGUUGCUGUCGAGGCGGUUCUUGGGGCUUGCGCCCACCCGGUCUGGUUAUCUGGUGAAGCCAGCUGCGGUUCGGAGCCGGCAUAAGUACAUACACAUGCACAUACGCAUACACGCAUACGCA